AUGAUAGACGAUGAACGCUCACGGGACAUGUGUCCCAUUUGCAAGACCGAUAGGUACUUGUCUCCCAACAUGAAUUUUUUGAUAAAUCCAGAAUGCUACCACAACAUUUGUGAAUCAUGUGUCGACCGAAUAUUCUCAUUAGGACCAGCUCCGUGUCCGUAUCCCAAAUGUGGGAAGAUUUUGAGGAAGAACAAGUUCAAAAAACAGGUUUUUGACGACUUGAAAAUCGAAAAAGAAGUGGAUCUUCGUCGUAGAAUCAGUGCCAUAUACAACAAGACCGAAGACGAUUUCGAUGAUCUUAAGGAAUACAAUCUGUAUUUGGAGCAUGUGGAAACCUUGGUAUUCAAUCUUAUCAACGGAGUUGACGUAGAAGCUACAGAACAAGAAAUCAAAAAGUAUGAACAAGACCACAAAAUUGAUAUACUCGAGAUCAAUAUGAGAGAGAGUCAAAAGACGUCCGAUUUGGAAAAGUACCAGGAAGCCAUGGAGCGCAUGAAGCAGGAGAAGUUGAAGAUUCAGCAUCAAAUGGAGUUGGAAGAUUUGGAGUAUCAGAAACAACAGAAACAAUCAUUGUUGGAUCGUCUUUCCUCCUCUAACAUUGAUUCCGAUGAGAUUAUCGCACAGAACAAUUCUCGGGUCAACAAGAGGUUGUCUAUGCGUAAGCAGCAACUCCAACAGAUCACCAGCCAACUAGAACAGCAGUUCGAGAACACCAACCCUCUUGCUCAACAUGCCAAGGCAUUGGCUGCUGAGAUGCCCAAGACUCCAUUCACACCAUUCCAGGGCGACCGAGACCUCACAUCAUACUACACGUUGGAUAACCAGUACAAUGAACCUCAUUUGGCCAAACUUGCAAAAGACAAAGAAUACCUUGGAGCAGGCUGGCGACCGGAAGCAGUAUACGAACGAGCAUUGGACCAGGCAUUCAUGGGAUUGGGCUGUUUGGUCCAACGAGAAAAGGCAUGA